AUUGCCCUAUUUGUCCCCCUGACAUGCUAAAAGAAGCCCAAUAAUAUGCCACGAGGUGUCUCUUUGAGUUACUCGAUGAUGAACUGCUAGUUUUAGGGUUUCACCAUGGGCCUGUUGUACACAGCAGCUUUCCUCCUGGGAGCCUUGAUCUGCACUGUUGGUGGCAGUGACGUGGAGGGCUACUCCAAAACUGAAGGUGCAUGGAUUCUCUCACUGAACAAACGAACGUAUUCAGUUAAUACUGUGGCUGAGUGUGCCACCAAAUGUAACACUGAAACAUCUUUCACAUGCAAGUCUUUUAUCUAUAAUGAAAAGGACCAAGAGUGUUGGACAGCAGCGGUAAACUCUAAAACACACAGUGUCUUUCGCAGAAGCACCAUAGCUUUAUAUGAAAGAAAUGCAUAUCUUCUGGAGUGUGUAAAUGGAAUAGGAACAGAUUACAGAGGAACAAAGUCCAGAACAAACUCAGGAAAGAUCUGUCAAAGAUGGGACUCAAGCUACCCACACAGGCCAAAUUUCACACCGCAGAGCCACCCACAAGCAGAUCUGGACUCCAACUUCUGCAGAAACCCUGAUGGGGACAGCAAUGGACCGUGGUGUUACACCACUGACCUUAAUGCCCGCUGGGAGUACUGCAACGUACCCAGCUGCUUGGCAUAUAUUCUGGAGUGUAUAAAUGAAACAGGAACAGAUUACAGAGGAACAAAGUCCAGCACAAAGUCAGGAAAGAUCUGUCAAAGAUGGGACUCAAGCUACCCACACAGGCCAAAUUUCACACCGCAGAGCCACCCACAAGCAGAUCUGGACUCCAACUUCUGUAGAAACCCUGAUGGGGACAGCAAUGGACCGUGGUGUUACACCACUGAUCCUAACACCCGCUGGGAGCACUGCAACGUACCCAGCUGCUUUGCAUAUCUUCUGGAGUGUGUAAAUGGAAUAGGAACAGAUUACAGAGGAACAAAGUCCAGAACAAACUCAGGAAAGAUCUGUCAAAGAUGGGACUCAAGCUACCCACACAGGCCAAAUUUCACACCGCAGAGCCACCCACAAGCAGAUCUUCACUCCAACUUCUGCAGAAACCCUGAUGGGGACAGCAAUGGACCGUGGUGUUAUACCACUGAUCCUAACGCCCGCUGGGAGCACUGCAAUGUACCCAGCUGCUCUGGGUGACAGAGGUGGUCCUCUGGUUUCUUAUGAGCAGAACAGAUUUGUCCUUCAGGGACGCCCAGUGUCUACGCUUGAGUUUCUAAGUUUGUGGACUGGAUCGAUGCAACCAUCAAAGCCAACUAAAA